AUGUCAAAAAGUGGAUUAAAUAAUACUGGUAGAAAUAUUUCAAAUGAAUUUCCACCAACAUAUUCAACAUAUCAACAUGCCUGUAUGACAUUUAGUAUGAAUGAUCGUUUGCGAUUCUUUCGAUUUCCAUUAGCAAUUUUGAAUGCUAUUCGAAAAGUUAUUAAUACAACAUGGUUAGAAGGCUUACAAAGAGAAAAAAAAUAUGAAGAUUUUUAUGAAUUUAAAUUUAAUGGAAAUCCAUGGUUGUAUAGAGACAAUGACGGUCUAGUAUCUCGAAUCAUGAUAUUACAUAUUUUCUCGACUUUGUAUAGUCAUGGUUGGUCUCUUGUAACAUCAAAUGAUCUUUGUCGAUUAACUGAAGAUCGUAAUUCAUUCUUUUUUCAAUUAGAUGUACAUCCAUUAGCAACAUCAUUUUUUGCUAUUUCACGUUAUGAUCUAGACAAAUUACAGUUAAUCUGUGUUUCAUCUGAAAUUAUUCAAGCAGUCAAAAGUAUACUUGGUGAACAUAAUAUUCAACGAGAAGAAUGGCUUGAUGGUGGAAGAACAUGUUAUCAAUUAAAAAUACGUGGCUAUCCAUGGAAAACUGAGGAAACAAUUUUUAGUCGAAUGAGAUUACUUGCUUUACUCGAUUGUUUUACUUCAUUUAAUUGUAAAUUGUAUACAGGAAUUUAUUUGCAUACAACAUCUAUUGAUAGUACUGAAGCAGAUACUUGGAUUUUUUGUCGAAAAAUUCAAUGA